AUGAUCUACAUGGGUGAGGUUCUCAGAGGAGAUGGGCUGCAGGUCUCGAAGAAGAGAGUGGAAGCCAUCGUCAAUUCGCCUAAACCGCAGAACCAAUCCGAAAUAAAAGUUUUCUGGGAUCAGCUCAAUUUUGCGCCAAGUUUAUCCCAGGUUUAUCAAAUAUAUUACUUCUCUUAUAGGAGCUCACUCGCACGGGCAAGCCAUAGUUAUGGGGUACUAAGAAAGAAGAAGCAUUUGACCAGAUCAAGUCCUUACUUACCAUGGCCAAUGCAUCAGUCAUGGCCUAUUUCACCAAGGAUGCACAGACCCGUCUUGUAACAGAUGCCUCCCCUGUUGGACUUUCAAUUAAAUUGUCACAAAUUUGCAUAAAUGUAUAACAAGACGCAAUUUUAGGAUGCAAUGAGGAUCCCGAGACACGCCAGGAUGCAACGGAACUUGAAUGGGGUUACAUUCACUUUCCAAGAAAUGAAGGAGGAGAAUUUUGCAAGUGUGACGAGUAUUGCAAGAGUUCUUAG